UGUGGCCGUUAAAAAGAAAAAAGAAAAGAAAAAGAAGAAACGAAACAAAUGGGAGAGUGGCAGGGUGGUGGGGCCCCUCCCUUGCAUCACAUGGCACCAGGGCUUUCUUAACAGCUCUGGCCUUGGGAACCAGUGCCCCCAUAUUGUCUUAGAGAGGUAAAGCGACCAUCCAUGGCCACACAGCUUAGAACUGGGAGAGCCAGAAUCCCACCCAGGCUGUGGCCCCAGGGUUUAAGUGUGUCUUCUACAACCGGUCAGGAAUGGCAAGGCAGCUAGGGCUUCUGGGUCCUUAAGGCUGGGCAGCGCGACUCACUGUCCCCUCGUGGCCACAUGGAGGCUUUCUAAGCUCUGUCCUCAGCUGGGAGACGCCUCUCCCCGUGGCAGAGGUUUGGCUUUGACUUCUCAGGGCUUUGGUCCUGACUGAAGAGACCCACCUCCACUUCCGGCCCAGUGGGACACCUGUGCUGAAAGCACAAUGGCAGCCCCCAGGACCAGAGACGUCCCUGUCCUUCAGUCCUUGGACCUCUGUCCUCCAUGGGAAGGGGUCAGUGGCAGAGUCGGGGCAGGUCUAUAACCUCCGUCUUCGUCCUAAGAGUCUGCAUGGUCUUGAGUGUGUCUUAUGGAAAAGGGGGAGGCUGAACCCCAGUUCCAGCCUUCAAUGAACACGGUGCUUCCUGGGGGCCAAGGAGUCUGUAUCUUCACCAAAUAGGGACCUUCCUGGAUAGAAUUCCCGGGGGUCUGAGCAAUUGUGGCCCCUUGCGGAGGAAAGGAAAAGAAACCUCUCCCGAUUCUGUCCAGACUGGGCCCCCACAUUAACCUCUAGGACAAGCCCUCCGGGACCUGAGGGGAUUUGCCCUCCUCCUCCCCUGCGAACAUGUGCCAAGUGCUCCCUUCCUGGAGCAGAGGUCGGCUCCUGCCUCUCCCUGGGCACGAGGAAGCAUGAAUGAAACCUGGACCAUCCAGGUCAGCAGUGAGGCACGCCGCCUACCUGAAUGCCCCAAGAACCUCCUCUCUGGCCUUGUGCAUGCCCGCCCACGCAAGUGAAUUUGACCUUUCAUGCCAGCCCCUCCCUGUCCAGUUAGUGCCCCUGGCCCCACGUGGGCAACCUGAAACAUCCUAGAGUCCUCAGGAGGGGACAGAGGGGCUGGGAGUUCUGAGUGGGACUCCUCCUGUCACCAGGGCUCUACACUAUACCUCGCAGUCCCGAAUGCGGAGCUGGUCCAGCUGCCUGCCCUUGUCCCCUAACAACGGCAGGAGGAGAGGCCACGCCCUAGCAGGGCAUGUGGCUGCGCCUUCACCUUCAGUGGAGCACACAGCCUGGGGUCACCCUGGGUUCCUGCCCCUUCACCUGGGGAAUUACUGAGAAGCCCACCUUCCUGGUGCCCUCCUCACACCCUUCCCCCAUGUGUGGGAGACGGCCGGGCUGCCCUUCACAGGGAAACAGCAGAUGGGCCCCUCCCUUCCUGCCCCCCACCCCCAGACGCACUCCUCGCUUCUCCCCUUCCCCCUCCAGGGUCCUCCUUGAACCCUUAGGCCAUCCUUCCCCAGGACGGGUACAGAGGUGUCCGGAUCUCUGACAGCCUUUAACAUACAGCGCGCACACACCCCUUUCAGGGGGAAGCAGGGUCUCAGAAGAGACUCCGCCAGGCCUCCGGACACGCGCUCGGCCAGCAUCACAGCGACCCUCUCAUGGUGACCCUUCCACAAACCCGGCCUCCUAAGCCUCCCUAGGGCAGGUUCCGCAGGUCCCUGCCUCACCAUCGCCAUGUGGCACAUGGCUUUCACUCAGAAACCCCUCUCGAGGUCACAGCAACCCAGCAAGACAGGCGGGGCAGGAAUGGCGAUCGCUCCUACGGAGAUGAAGAGCCAGCGCUAAGGGCACAGUGACUGCGCUGCAUGGCAAGUCCCAGGACCAGGCCCCAGGUGCCACAGGUCCAUCGGGGUUCUGGUCGGGGCAACCUCCUCCCAAACUACUGCCCUUUUCCAUGAAGGCGAAUGCCCUCACCCACCCCCCACACUAGGCCCUGUGGCCCUUCAGAGGCAGCAAAUGAUCAGACGGCUGCCUGUGGAGCUGCCUCCCUCUGGCUGCAGGCCAGCCCAGCCCAGAGCUGCCUUGUUCUCUCCCCAGCCCACCCCCACCACCCCAGGCCAGCCCAAUACCAUCACGCCUGCCUCACUGCAUGCCCUCCAGGCUGGUACAUUGUCAACUCAAAAACACCAUACCACAGGUGCAGGACCACAGGCUGCCCCCACACACGUCUGUAAGACAAGUCCCCUGUCCUGGGCAGACAGCCCCUUCUCACACCCAGAAACGGACAAUCACAGAGAGAUGCAGACACAGAGACAGAACACACAAGGCAUGUAACCAGAUACAUGAGGUCCCAAAGUGACAUGUCUGCUGUCAAGCAGGAACAGACACAGCACGGAGUUUCAAGGAGGCAAGAGGGAAACCUAGACCUCUAAGCUCUGCAGUUACAUUCCUACACCUACAGCUACUCAAUCACACCCGGCCCAGCGCCACAGAGUCACUCCCAGACUCACAUCCAGGUACCCGGAACACCUGCAAGCACAUAUGCCCUCACGUCCAGGUAUCAUUCAGGGGCGCAGCCAGCACCAGUCACCCCCGAUUCAGGCACACGCAUCCCAGGGUCGUUCACAAUCCCACACCUACUCUCGCCUCUUCCCUCCCCCCUCAUCCCAGGGCUGGUCCAAGAGUAGAACAAAAGCCCAGCGUCCCCUCCUCCCCUUCCCCCUUAACUCUCCCCUCCCCACUCGCCUGGCGUCCAGCCCCUUUGUCCUCCUGCAGCUGAGCCUGAGUCCAGGCAGAGUGGCAGGGACAUUGAGCCCGGGCUGCUGGAGUACAGGCGGCAGCACAGACAGGAGUGGUCAGCAAGGAAGCAGCAGCUGCAGAGUGCCUGGGAGAGGUCAUGGCCAGGAUGCUGGAGGGCCCAGUGCCGGAGGAGUCAGAGCAGGCCUCCGAGACGCCGUGCGCGGGGUCCUGCCACGCGCAGCGCGUCCUGCAGACCCUCAAUGCUUACCGGCGGAGCGGCACCCUCACGGACGUGGUGCUGCGUGCGGGGGGUUGCGACUUUCCAUGCCACCGUGCCGCGCUUAGCGCAGGGAGCGCAUACUUCCGUAGCCUGUUCAGGGCUGGGGAGCCACAGCAGGGCCUGACAGUGGUGCCAGGCGCGGGCCCAGCAGGGACCGCGACCGCGGCGGCGCUGGCCGUGGUGCUGGACUACAUGUACGGCGCUGGCGUGCGGCUGCGCACGGAGGAAGAGGCGGCCGCGGUGCUGGCGCUGGCCGAGCGGCUGGGCGUGGCGGGCCUGCGCGAGGCCUGUGCACGCUUCCUCGAGGGCCGCCUGCGUGCUGCCAACAGCCUGGCGCUGCGCCGCGUGGCCGCUGCCUUCUCGCUCGCUUCCCUGGCUGAGCGCUGUGGCCGCGUGUUGCGCCAGGCCUUCACCGAGGUGGCGCGCCACGCGGACUUCUUGGAACUGGCGCCCGAUGAGGUGGCGGCACUGCUGGCAGACCCGGCACUGGGCGUGGUGCACGAGGAGGCCGUGUUCGAAGCGGCCAUGCGCUGGGUGCGCCACGACGCGCCGGCACGCCGGGGACAGCUGCGGCGCCUGCUGGAGCACGUGCGCCUGCCCCUGCUGGCGCCCGCCUACUUCCUGGAGAAGGUGGAGGCUGACGACCUGCUGCAGGCUUGCGGCGAGUGCCGCCCGCUGCUGCUCGAGGCCCGGGCCUGCUUCAUCCUGGGCCGUGAGGCCAGCGUGCUGCGGGCCCGGCCUCGGAGGUUCAUGGACCUAGCUGAAGUGAUCGUGGUCAUUGGUGGCUGUGACCGCAAGGGGCUCCUGAAGCUGCCCUUCGCUGAUGCCUACCAUCCAGAGAGCCGGCGCUGGACCCCACUGCCCAGCUUACCCGGCUACGCGCGCUCAGAGUUCGCCAGCUGUGCUCUCCGCAAUGAUGUCUACAUCUCUGGAGGCCACAUCAACAGCCGUGACGUGUGGAUGUUUAGCUCCCAUCUGCACACCUGGAUCAAGGUGGCCUCACUGCACAAGGGCAGGUGGAGGCACAAGAUGGCGGCCAUGCAGGGGCAGCUGUUCGCGGUGGGUGGCUUUGACGGCCUGCAGCGCCUGUGCAGUGUGGAGCGCUACGACCCCUUCUCCAACACCUGGGCAGCAGUGGCAUCACUCCCUGAGCCGGUGAGCUCCGCUGCUGUGGCGCCCUGUGCCGGACGGCUCUACGUGAUCGGGGGCGCCGGGCAGGAUGGCAUCAGCACCAACAAGGUGCAGUGCUUUGACCCCAAGGAGGACCAGUGGAGCCUGCGGUCACCAGCCCCCUUCUCGCAGCGAUGUCUUGAGGCUGUCUCCCUAGAGGAUACCAUCUAUGUGGUUGGGGGCCUCAUGAGCAAAAUCUUCACCUACGACCCUGGCACAGAUGACUGGGGGGAGGCGGCUGUCCUCCCCAGCCCUGUGGAGAGCUGUGGCGUGACUGUGUGUGACGGGAAGGUCCACAUCCUUGGCGGGCGGGAUGACCGCGGAGAAAGCACCGACAAGGUCUUUACCUUUGACCCCAGCAGUGGGCAGGUGGAGGCCCAGCCAUCCCUGCAGCGCUGCACCAGCUCCCACGGCUGUGUUACCAUCAUCCAGAGUCUGGGCAGGUGACUCGCACUUGAGCCAGAAGGCAGGAGGGAGAACUCAGGCUCACCACGUCUCCCCUCAUAGCACCUCCAUGUAAACAGCCUCUUAACUGACUACCCCUUUUCCUGCAGAAAUAAAACCUCCUUCAAAGGCUGGGUCUGUGUUCCAGCUUAAGCCUCCUUUGCCUGGAGAAGUAAUG